AGGUGUUUGUUUGUUAUUUCCAACUCGAGUAGGGUGAGAUUUGCAUGUGAAAAAGAGAAAUCGAAAAAUGGCUUCGGCAUCGCCAUCGGCAGAGGAGUGGCUGUUGGAGAACGGCGGCAACAUUAAGGUUUUGAGCAAGGAGAUGCGGAAUGGCCGCACCGCGCACAAUGUGUCGUCUUCGUCACUGCGCAAGAAAUCGGAUCGGGCGCUGCUUGCGGGUAUUCGGGUCGGGUUUUUGAGGAGGUUUUUGGGUAAUUUGCAAGAGGUUUUGCUUGGGACUAAGCUUUUCAUUUUCCUCGUCGCUAUCCCUUUCGCCAUUGCCGCUAAUUACCGCCAUUUCGGAAGUCCUUGGGUGUUCGCUCUCAGCUGUCUGGGACUCAUUCCUCUUGCGGAGCGUGUUACUUUUUUAACAGAGCAGAUUGCUCUCUACACAGGACCAACAGUUGGGGGGCUUCUAAAUGCGACAUGUGGAAAUGUGACGGAGCUUGUAAUUGCCAUAUUUGCUCUGAUUCAAAACAAAGUAGCUGUGGUGAAAUACUCCCUUUUGGGUUCAGUUCUCUCUAAUCUCCUCUUAGUUCUGGGCUCCUCUCUUUUCUGUGGUGGCAUUGCAAACAUAUCCAAGGAGCAAAAGUUUGAAAGAAAACAAGCGGAUGUGAACUCACUGCUUUUGUUGUUGGGAUUAAUCUGCCAUGUGCUGCCUUUAAUGUUCAAGUAUACCGGAAAAUCCAAUCCGGAACUAACGGCGUUUGCCACGCUGGCGUUAUCACGUGCCAGCAGCAUAAUCAUGCUCAUAGCCUACUUUGGUUAUCUCAUUUUCCAGCUCUUCACUCAUCGUCAGUUAUUUCAAGAACAACAGGAGGAAGGCGAGGUUGAGUCGGAUGAGGUUGAAUCGGAUGAGACGCCGGUGAUCGGGAUAUAUAGUGCCUUGAUUUGGUUAGUUUUGAUGACUGGGAUUGUAGCGCUGCUGUCAGAAUACGUGGUCGCUACCAUCGAAGCGGCGUCGGAUUCAUGGGGAUUGUCUGUAGGCUUCAUUAGUGUGAUUUUACUACCAAUCGUUGGAAAUGCAGUAGAACACGCAGGGGCCAUCAUUUUUGCAUUUAGGAACAAAUUAGAUAUAACUCUAGGGGUGGCUUUAGGUUCAGCAACUCAAAUAGCCAUGUUUGUGAUACCUUUGAGCGUGAUAAUUUCGUGGAUAAUUGGCGUGAAAAUGGAUCUUGAUUUAAGUCUGAUUGAAACUAUUUCUCUUGGACUGUCGAUACUCAUAACAUCGUUGGCAUUACAGGAUGGAACCUCUCAUUACAUGAAGGGGCUGGUACUUUUAUUGUGCUACUUUGUUAUUGGAGCAUGCUUUUUUGUAUCUUGGGCUCCACUAAGUAAGUAAGCAUUAAUCUUAAAUUAAAUUGCACACCAAGUUCGUGGAGUAUAUUGAUUUAAUCGUUAACAAGCUUUCAUUUUCUUUUGCAGACAACACCAACUUAGGAUUUAGCUCAGAAAUGGUGAGGCUUUGAAUAAGAAAAUAUGUUACUACUACUAUAUAGUACUAUAUUCGUUUU